AUGGAUAUACCGGCACCUACUAGUAUAAGUAAAACCAGUAAACUUGACAGCAAAGUUAAGAGAAUUGGACCACACAUAGAAAUUUUCCAAGUAUUCCGGGAAAGGACCAAAUCUAUAAUCACCAAAAAAAUGAUUAAAAUGCUCACCGUCAUGCAGGCUUAUGUCAGAGGAUGGCUAGAACGCAGAAGAUACCAGAGAUUAUUGACCAAGGCUAUGUAUCAUGGACCAAGUUUGAGAGCAGUUAUAAACAUGUAUCACAGACUAAUCUAUCGUAUUAAACAUCGACUUGGUCUUUGGAGGACAAGACAAAUUACAGAUUUUGCAGAGCUAGAAGAAUGGAUGGAUAGAAAAAAAUUCUAUGAAACAAUGUUUGCUAAGAGAGAAGAUUGGCAAGGAUUAGAAAGAAGUGAGCUCCUUAAGUUCUUCAGUGACUGUGGUCAUUACCCAACAAUGCAGCAAACUGAGCAGGUUUGGGACCUGGUCCAUACAGAUGACCGUGAAAAAUAUUCUGAAAUUGUCAAGAAGUCCAAUGCAAUUGAAAUGUUAUUUACACUUUAUCCUCCUCAAGGUGCCCAUGUGAAAGAUAAUAGGCGAGUUAAGUCAACUUGGCUAAGACCCACAAUAGAUGGGGAAGAAGGCUACAAAUAUAUAGUGAGUGGACAUCCAAUACUCAAAAGAGCUGACAUCCGGAUUGUUGGGAAGUUAGUGUGCGCAUCUAUGAGAGAAAGGAAAAUGAGACAACUGUAUUCAUCUUAG